AUGGCCUCCCGACCUGCAGCAGGCGCCCGCCCCGGGGCGAAAUUCGCUCAGUUCAAGCUUGUGUUGCUUGGAGAAUCCGCUGUCGGAAAGAGUUCGCUGGUGUUGAGAUUUGUUAAGGACCAAUUCGAUGAUUAUCGGGAGUCGACAAUCGGCGCCGCCUUUUUGACGCAAACCAUCUCCCUCGACGAGAGCACCACGGUCAAGUUUGAAAUUUGGGAUACUGCCGGUCAGGAGAGAUACAAGUCGUUGGCUCCGAUGUACUAUCGGAAUGCCAACUGCGCUGUCGUGGUCUAUGACAUCACCCAAGCCUCAUCCUUGGAUAAGGCCAAGUCCUGGGUGAAGGAACUUCAGCGUCAAGCGAACGAGAACAUUGUGAUCGCCCUGGCUGGCAACAAGCUGGAUCUUGUCACCGAAAGCCCAGAUAAGCGUGCCAUUCAGACUGCCGAUGCCGAGGCCUACGCUCGUGAGGCUGGCCUCCUCUUUUUCGAAACCUCUGCCAAGUCCUCGACGAAUGUGCGAGAAUUGUUCACGGCCAUCGCGAAGAAGCUGCCACUCGACCAGGCCGGCCCCCGGAACCUGCGGACAAACCCACGCCCCGGAGUCGACCUGCGGCCUGAGGCCCCCGGCACCCAAGGUGCUCCUCCAUGCAGCUGUUAA